UUGUUUGACAGACAGAAUAAUUUAGAAAAAUAUAAAAAAAAAAAAAAAAAAAAAAAACAGUGAUCCAAGCAGUUGAAUUGGAAGCACUCUGGGGAAACCUGCUGUUUGUUGUGAAAAUCAUCUUCGAUCUCGGAAUUAAAAGUAAAGCUGGAAAGGAAUUUACAAACGAGAAAAAAAAGAAGUUUGGAAUCGGAUUCACAGGAUCUGGGCUUGGAAAUGCCUCAGGUAAAUCAUACAGACCUAGUGUAAGCGGAAUGGAUCCGCCUUUUGGGGAUGCCUUUCGAAGCCACACCUUUUCGGAACAAACUCUGAUGAGCACAGAUCUCUUAGCAAACAGUUCGGAUCCAGAUUUCAUGUAUGAACUGGAUAGAGAGAUGAACUACCAACAGAAUCCUAGAGACAACUUUCUUUCUUUGGAGGACUGCAAAGACAUUGAAAAUCUGGAGUCUUUCACAGAUGUCCUGGAUAAUGAGGGUGCUUUAGCCUCAAACUGGGAACAGUGGGAUACAUACUGUGAAGACCUAACAAAAUAUACCAAACUUACCAGCUGUGACAUCUGGGGAACAAAAGAAGUGGAUUACUUGGGUCUUGAUGACUUUUCUAGUCCUUACCAAGAUGAAGAGGUUAUAAGUAAAACUCCAACUUUAGCUCAACUUAAUAGUGAGGACUCACAGUCUGUUUCUGAUUCCCUUUAUUACCCCGAUUCACUUUUCAGUGUCAAACAAAAUCCCUUACCCUCUUCAUUCCCUGGUAAAAAGAUCACAAACAGAGCAGCUGCUCCUGUGUGUUCUUCUAAGACUCUGCAGGCUGAGGUCCCUUUGUCAGACUGUGUCCAAAAAGCAAGUAAACCCACUUCAAGCACACAAAUCAUGGUGAAGACCAACAUGUAUCAUAAUGAAAAGGUGAACUUUCAUGUUGAAUGUAAAGACUAUGUAAAAAAGGCAAAGGUAAAGAUCAACCCAGUGCAACAGAGCCGGCCCUUGUUGAGCCAGAUUCACACAGAUGCAGCAAAAGAGAACACCUGCUACUGUGGUGCAGUGGCAAAGAGACAAGAGAAAAAAGGGAUGGAGCCUCUUCAAGGUCAUGCCACUCCCGCUUUGCCUUUUAAAGAAACCCAGGAACUAUUACUAAGUCCCUUACCCCAGGAAGGUCCUGGGUCACUUGCAGCAGGAGAGAGCAGCAGUCUUUCUGCCAGUACAUCAGUCUCAGAUUCAUCCCAGAAGAAAGAAGAGCACAAUUAUUCUCUUUUUGUCUCCGACAACUUGGGUGAACAGCCAACCAAAUGCAGUCCUGAAGAAGAUGAGGAGGACGAAGAGGAUGUUGAUGAUGAGGACCAUGAUGAAGGAUUUGGCAGUGAGCAUGAACUGUCUGAAAAUGAGGAGGAGGAAGAAGAGGAAGAGGAUUAUGAAGAUGAUAAGGAUGAUGAUAUUAGUGAUACUUUCUCUGAACCAGGCUAUGAAAAUGAUUCUGUAGAAGACCUGAAGGAGAUGACUUCAGUAUCUUCACGGAAGAGAGGUAAAAGAAGAUACUUCUGGGAGUAUAGUGAACAACUUACACCAUCACAGCAAGAGAGGAUGCUGAGACCAUCUGAGUGGAACCGAGAUACUUUGCCAAGUAAUAUGUAUCAGAAAAAUGGCUUACAUCAUGGAAAAUAUGCAGUAAAGAAGUCACGGAGAACUGAUGUAGAAGACCUGACUCCAAAUCCUAAAAAACUCCUCCAGAUAGGCAAUGAACUUCGGAAACUGAAUAAGGUGAUUAGUGACCUGACUCCAGUCAGUGAGCUUCCCUUAACAGCCCGGCCAAGGUCAAGGAAGGAAAAAAAUAAGCUGGCUUCCAGAGCUUGUCGGUUAAAGAAGAAAGCCCAGUAUGAAGCUAAUAAAGUGAAAUUAUGGGGCCUCAACACAGAAUAUGAUAAUUUAUUGUUUGUAAUCAACUCCAUCAAGCAAGAGAUUGUAAACCGGGUACAGAAUCCAAGAGAUGAGAGAGGACCCAACAUGGGGCAGAAGCUUGAAAUCCUCAUUAAAGAUACUCUCGGUCUGCCGGUUGCUGGGCAAACCUCAGAAUUUGUUAACCAAGUGUUAGAGAAGACUGCAGAAGGGAAUCCCACUGGAGGCCUUGUAGGAUUAAGGAUACCAACAUCAAAGGUUUAAUCAGCCUCAUUGGACCACUGGUCAGAAAUGUCUGCGUUUUGUCACGUUAUCCAUUGUAAAUUUUCAUUCUGUUUUGCAUGUCAGUUAGCAUUAUGUAAACAUUUACAAUUAGGUUACAUUGUUUUAAGAACUAAGUAGCAUAAGUGAAGCAUGAUCCAAAAUACUUGAUUAUUGCAUUUUCAGAGCAUAAACCAUGAUUAAAACUGCUACUGGCAUCAGAAUUGAAAAUCAUAGUUUAAGUAAAUGUUUAGGUACAGAUUACAAAAAUCUGUUAAAUCAAAACAUUUUGGAGGAGUGAAAUAGUAAAAUGCCAAGUAUUGUGGCAGAUUUAUGCUCUGAACCACACA